ACGUUUCGGGCCUUUCUGAAGAAGGGUCUAGGCCCGAAACGUCAGCUUUCCCUGAUGCUGCUUGGCCUGCUGUGUUCAUCCAGCUCUACACCUUGUUAUCUCAGAUUCUCCAGCAUCUGCAGUUCCUACUAUCUCCCUCAUUAUCGUCUUCAGGAUCACUUCUCCCUCACUCCAGAAUCCUCUCUUUACAAUCCAGGCCAGGUUUCCCUACCCUCCCUCAGAUUCAGCACCAGCCCCGACAACACCAACACAGCCCUCCUGGAACUGCCCACAGACUCCAGGAUUCCGCCCCACCCCCCGCCCGCACAGACUCCGGGAAUUCUCCCAACCCACCAUAGACUCCAGGAUCCCCUACCUCUGAGAGUCCAGGCCGGAAUUACUGCCUCUCUCUCUCUGAUGGUGGUGAUUACUGCGGGGCCUGGACAUGGUGAAUCUGGGCCUCCGCCGGGUGGAGGACUCGGUGGCGGCGAAGCACCCGGCUCUUCAGGAAUAUGCUGCUUGCCAGUCGCAUGCCUUCAUGAAGGGCAUUGGCACAUUUAUAUUAGGUACCAGUGGGGUUUUUGUUAUGCAGACGUUGCUGAAUAAGAAGUUACCUCUGCCAAUGCAGUGGAACGUUUUGCUGUCGGUAGCAACAGGGUCGUUGAUGAGUUAUGUAGUGACACGUCUGGAGACUCAGAAGUGCUCAAAUCUGUGGGUUUACCUUGAGACUGGAACAGUGCCACGUAGUCCUGAUGAAGUUACAACGGAUCAAAACAAUGGCUCUGUGGAAAGCACUGACACGGGAAGAAAGAAAACUCAAUAUGGAGAUAUAAUGGAUUAAUUGCUGAGUUUUUACUUUAUUCAACCAACGUGCAGGAGGAGGAAAUGUUCCCUGCUCUAUUCCAGCUCAAACAGUGCACAAUUUUCAUUUCAUUUUAGUUCCACUCCCUACUUCUGCUUAUCUCUUCCUGAAGAUGUUAUUUUAGUACAUCAUCGAGUCACGGGUGAAAAUACACAAAGGCAUUAGGUGAAUUCACCCUAGGAACCCCUGAGAAAAAAGUUCAAUUACUGGAGCGACCUAUCGGAGAAAUGUACAUGAAAGUGACCGAAUCUGUGAGACACUGCUCCUCUAGUCUAGCUUUCCGUUGUGCUUGCUGCUACUGAAUUCACAAGUGAGUUCAGUCACAUGAAGACCCACAUCAGAAGCCUGUAUUCCUGAGGGACAAGUAACAACAGUGCUGUUCUCGCACGGUUAUCUGCACAGCCGCUCACUAAUCUGAUUAAAUACACUUUGUACAGUCCAAACCUCAUCUCGCUUUUUACUUUAUAAUACCAAAUUUUGGGGCUCAACCUCUUGCUAAAUUAUUCUAAACUUUCCACCCCUGCACUAGUUAUCUUCUCAGUGAGGAUGUUGGUCCUAGGAUAGGGUACUUUGAAGAUAAGGAAUGUAAGAAAAAAAAAGGGAAUCCACCAUUACUCUUCCUGAAGUCAGUGGCUGCAAAAAUCUUUUAUGAGCCUUCUGUUUUGAGCAGAACACGAUGGUCAUAAGUUAGUGAUGUAAGUCAUGCUGUGUAACAUGACAUACAAACACUAAAUUGAUUUCUUUUAAAUUCUCAGCCUUGCUGUCAAAUGAUCCGUGGAGCUCAACACCCUCAGAGACCUCGGUAUUCCCCUAAUUCUGUUCCCUUAGCAGCCUUUAUUUUAAUCCAUUCACCAAUGGGAAUCAUGUUUACAGCUGCCUAGAGCCAUAGCUUCAGAAUUCCCUUCCUCUUGGUCUCACUGUCUCCCUGCCUCCAUCCUCAGCCUCCCUCUCUGUGAUUACAUUCCUUUCUUUUAAACUACUUUAAAAUUGUAUCUCUUUAACUAAGCUGUUGGACACUUGAUGUGUCAGAAUUUAGUUGAUUACUCUUCUGUGAAACUGCACGUCAACCUUAUAUAAGGCAAUGCUGCACAAAAUGACAUGACAGUGCAUACUGCCAUCUAAAAGAACAGAGUACAAUGUUGUGUUGUCUAACUCAAUAAAUGUGAGUAAGGAGACAA